CUAUGCAAGUUUUAACAGAAUUUCUGGCUAAUAAUACCUCAUUAGAGAGGGUCUUCAACCUUUUUAACAGUAACCCUAAACAAAUGUUAGCCUUGUUUCAGAACCGCAUGUAGUUCAGGGAAAGAAAUUGGAGAUAUUUUUAAAAUAGCUAACGGUAUCUGAUUUGUAAUGGGGACGCCAUCAGACAAAAGUUGGAUGAAGUCGUACCGAUUUAGUUCAUGUUAUAUUCAAGGGGUCAAAAAUUUUCUGAAUGUUGCAAAAGACUUUACUGAUUCAAAUGGCAGAGUUCGAUGUCCAUGCAAGAACUGCAUCAAUAUUUAUUUGAAGCCAUUGCAAGAAGUCAAAAUGGAUCUAUAUCAAUAUGGAAUUAGUGAAAACUACACAAACUGGGUGCACCAUGGUGAGACUUCUCAACCUCGUGAUAGUUUUGAUGGCUCUAUUUAUUCGGACAAUGAAUUGGAGGAUAGUGGAAAUGAUGUUUCAGAAAUGUUAGAUGAUAUGUGUAAUGCAACUUUUAUGGACACCGACAUGGAAGACAGACUUGCCAAUCAAGAUAAUAACAUGCUAGAAGGAGAAGUAGCAAAAUUUGCUAAAUUUAAUAAGUCAUUUUUUUCGAAUUUGGAGUUGUUCAAGGAUGCACUCCCGAAAGGAGAAACCCUUCCAAGCUCAAGUUAUGAGGAAAAUGAAAAUCUUGACACGUGUCCAACUUGUAAGGCCCCUAGAUGGAAAUUAGGUUUCGAAAAACGCAAGAAGAUUGCUCAAAAAAUUCUUAGACACUUCCCUUUAGUACCUAGACUUCAGAGGUUAUUUAUGUCUAAAGAUAUUGGUGAAAAUAUGAGGUGGCAUAAGGAGAAACGUGUAGAUGAUGAUACGGUUAGACAUCCAGCUGAUGCUACGUAA